AUGUAUAAUCAAGAAAAUCAAGGUGAUGAUCAGAGUAUUGAACAACUCGCUUUAUCAUUACCAUAUGAUAAUGCUGCUGAGGAUAAUUCAUAUAACAAACCAAUAAAACUAUCAUACCCUUAUUCAGACAAAUGUUUUGAAGCAAAUAAGCAAUCUUCGGAUGAUUCUGAUCAGCAAACUUCACCGAUUCUUCAAUCGUCGAAUUAUGAUCAAUCAAGUGGACACCUUAGUAUUGAUGAUUCUGAUUUGAUUGAUGAUUCAACCAGUGCGGCUCAACUCUCAUCAUCUCCGAUAUCAGUUACAUCAGCAUCAACGUCAUCUUUCUAUCCGACACGUAAUAUUGGUAGUGGAGCAAAAUAUGCAAAAAUUGAACAGUCACAAGGAACCAAAAGUGAUCGAAGUAAUAGUUUGAGGGUCAACGAUAGAUACAAGAGGCAUACAGCUAUAGAGAGUCGAUUAAACGUAUUAUGUAACUCAAUUGAAAAGAAAGAUAAACAACUGCGAAUAAUUCGAAAUGAACUUAAUGAGAAGAAUUUAGAAAUUGGAAAGUUGUUUGAUAAAAUUAGAACUCUCGAAUAUAAUUGUGGAAGAUUGCAUUCGGUGAUUGAAUCUGUUGGUGAUGAAUCUAAUCAGAAUCAGAUAAAAUUGCAAGAAAUUAUCGAUGAACGUGAUGGUUUGCUUGUUAGGAAUGCUUCACUCUCACGACAGAAACGAGAAUGGUCUAUUGAGCGUGAACGUCUUUCAAUGGAUCUUGAUGAUGUUACCAGAGAACUUGAAUUGCAAAAAAUGCUUUUAAAUGGUGAAAGUAUCUCAGAAAUUGUUCAACGAUGGCAAACAAAAGUAUUUGAAUUAGAAGGAAUGAUAACUGAUCGUGAUCGUGCGAUACGAGCUCAACAAGUUCGGAUCAGUAAACUGAAGCAAUCAGUAGCAGAAGUUGAUCAUAUUUCUUGCGAUGGUUCAUUAGAAUCACAAACAAAACUUGAUUUCCCUUCGUUCACCUAUAUAAAACAUCUCUUUCUACAGUAUCUUACUAGUUCGGAUGAAGAACGGAUGGAACUAUUACGAAAUGUAUCAAUGACGCUUCAUCUAUCAGAUGAAGAACAGCGUCAAGUAUGGGCAAAUUUGAAAAGUAAAAAUCACACUCCCUAA